AUGGCAUCAAAGCAAAUAGCAAGUCGCCGAGAAGGGGCUGAGAUCUACCAUGGAGCGGCUCUUUGCAAGCAAAAAGCGCAUGAGCUCCUCGACCACUUCCAUCUGCCAAAAGGGUUAAUGCCUUUGAGCAACCUCGUCGAGGUCGGGUUCAACCGGACCACAGGCUUCAUCUGGCUGAAACAGAACAAGACUUUCAAGUAUUGGUUCAAGUCCCUUGGAGCCUCCUCAUAUGGUCCCGAGAUUACAGCGUUUAUUGAGGAUGGUCGGAUGCGGAAGUUGACAGGCAUCAAAAGCAAGGAGAUGAUGAUCUGGAUUACUCUUUCUGAUAUUUAUGUGGAUGAUGCUGAUCCAACCAAAAUCACUUUUGCUACUCCCAUGGGAUUGUCAAAGAGUUUUCCGGUGACUGCAUUUGAAGAGGAGGCAGAAGAGAUGAAAUAA